CGCCACCAUGGCCAUGGACAACAGAGCUUACGCGCGCAUUCAAAUUAGUUAACACCAACCGCAACCGGACUUCUAACCAAAAAAAAAAAAAAAAACCGCAACCAGACCCUCUUCAUUCAAUCAUUCCGAAUUUCCGCUUUUAAUUUUCUUUGAUUUGGCACACAUUCAACGAAUGCAAAAGUAAUGAAAAAUAUUUUUUUUUUCAUGAAAAAGCCGAAUACAGAUUCUUCUCAUGAAUCCAACCUGUUUUUUUCUCUUUUUGACUUUUGAGGCUUUUCUAUAAGUUAGAAUCUUCCAUUAAUCCAACCCCUUUCUCCAGUAAGGGCGGAGGUGAGAUGCUUUCUUUCAGGUUGCAGUGGUGUUUCAUGAUCUGGAUCUGAACGUCUGGGUAUUCUAAAUGACUACCCCCACAGAAAAACCUGAUCCCAGAAAUCGUUCAAGCUCAGACCCCUCAGAAAAUUGGAGUUGCAGAGAGGAUGAUCAAAGAUCAUCUGCAGGUCCACUAGAAAGACUGGAAGAGCUGAUGAAUCAACCAGGCAAUAGGAUAUGUGCAGAUUGUGGCUCUCCAGAACCUAAAUGGGUGUCUUUAAACCAUGGAAUAUUUAUUUGUAUCAAGUGCUCUGGUGUUCAUAGAAGUCUUGGAGCUCACAUAUCAAAGGUGCUAUCAGUGAAGCUAGAUUUAUGGACAGAUGAUCAAGUUGAUUUAAUGGUUGCAUUGGGCGGAAACACUACAGUAAACAUGAAAUAUGAAGCUUUUCUUCAAGAUAUUAAAAAACCAAGACCAGAUUCCUCCAUAGAGGAGCGCUCUGAUUUCAUUAGGAGAAAAUAUGAGCAUAUGCAAUUUUUCAACCCUAAUGAAAAGGUUUCUUCAUCCCAUCCAUCAACUACUUUGAGUUCAUUGUCCCGUCCUAGCACUGCUCCACCUCCAGACAAGAAAAACUGUGAGAAACAAUCUACUGGCCACCGCAUUCAUGCAUUUGGGCAUGCAUUUCACAGUAGCAGGAAAAAAAAAGAAACUGAGCACAAGAGCGCAAAGAAUUCCAACUCAGCGCCGGGUAUGGUCGAAUUUAUUGGUUUGAUAAAGGUCAAUAUUGUGAGAGGCACCAACCUAGCUGUUCGAGAUAUGAUCACUAGUGAUCCUUACGUCAUCCUUUCAUUGGGACAGCAAUCAAUGAAGACACGUGUGAUAAAGAACAAUCUUAACCCAGUAUGGAAUGAAAGGUUAAUGUUAUCAAUUCCAGAUACUGUCCCGCCUCUAAAAGUGCUUGUUUAUGACAAGGAUACAUUUACACCGGAUGAUCACAUGGGAGAAGCUGAGAUUGAUAUCCAACCCCUGGUUUACGCUGCCCAAGCCUAUGAAAACUCCAAAACCACAGAGACCAUUCAGCUAGGAAAAUGGCUAGCAACCAAUGACAACACCUUAGUAAAAGACAGUGUUAUCACCCUGACACAUGGGAAGGUAAAGCAAGAAAUCACACUGCGGCUGCAGAAUGUUGAACGGGGAGUGUUAGAAAUCGAGCUAGAAUGUGUUCCUCUCAGCCAGUAACUGAUGGGUGAAAAGAAAUGCCUUCAGAGAAAGCAAAGGAUGGGUCUAGAACUGGCUAUCCUUCUCUCUCACCUUAAGCCUGUGAAGCUAAAUUUCCAAGUUCAUCUGAAUUAAUGCGUUGGGGAGGAAAAUUUAGCCCUGCAACUGUGUUCUCUCAGAUAUUUGCCUGUAUCACGCACUACCCUUUGUUUAGAUUCUAACACUGGUAGAAAGAAGUCUUACACUUAGGCUGAAGAAUAUAAAAAGAGAACCAAAGAACAUUGUCUUAGCCUAUCUUGGUAGCAUUUCAGUUUUAAGGAAACACUAGUAUAUAAGUUAAAAUGCA